CCUCUUGCUUCCAUCUCUCAAGGAUUUCAAGAUGCGAUUCGGUCGACAGCUUUACCAGAAUAUUAUCCCUGAGUGGAUGGAAUCCUACACCAAUUACUACCUCCUAAAGAAGGUAUUCAAAAUUGCUGUGAAGGAAAGUUACGAGAGGGGAACCGCCCCCAAUUUCACAAGUAAGUAACGGCGGAACUUAAUUUUGAUGUUUCAAGGCUAACCUUACUAUAGUAUUGUAUAAUGACCUCAAUUCCGAUAUCAAGGACGUGGAUACUUUUUAUUUGACCAAGUACACUUUGGUACAAGAAAAGGCCGCUGUAAUCUUCGACCAGUAUGGCUGGACUUCGCUCAAAGACGCUACUUUACACCGCGUGGAGCCUUUUGAAGCAACCGAUAUCUUAGCCGCGUACCUGGAACUCCUGGUUGACUUGAAGAAAUUGCGCUGGUUUGGUAAAGUUAACCGGGAUGGCUAUCGCUGUUUGCUACGCAAGCUUGAGAGAUUCUCCGCUUUUCCUGCCGGCUUUGAUCUCACUCGGUUUCAUUUUGUGAACCAGACGGGGAUUCUGCGGGAUAUAGAGCAGGUUAAUGACUCUAUCCAAUACCUCCAUCGACUAGCUCUUAAAUUUCGAGCCUCUGAGCUUCCGCUCUUCUCGGUCGAGCACUUGGCUGAACGGCUCAAUGUAUCGCCAUCUGUUUUGACAAAUCUCCAAAGUGCCAUCGAAAACGACGAUCCUUUAGAAUUUGAUGCAAUACUACUCACUUUCACUUCCAAGUCUACUUUAGAGGAGGUCCGGUCCUUGCAAGGCGCAUUGCUACAACUUUUCAUAACAAAAUCAUCCAAGAACUGUGUUAGACGUUUGCGCCAUAGAAUCAAAAACGAUACAACCGAAGGUCGACAUAAUACCCUCCAUAGAAUCAUCGUACUUAGAGGUCGUGAGAGAGACAUGCAUCGGAACAAAUAUCAACUAGAACCGCUCCAAGGACCUCCAGUAAGCAACACUGAAAUCCAAAGCACCUCAUCGAUCAUGGCUUUUGUUCUAGACGCCUUAGAGCCCCAUCAACGAGACUUACUGCUCGAAAAAGACAAACUCGGUCGGAUACCAUUACAUUAUGCUGCACAUUACGGCUUAGAGGAAGAAUUUGUUACCAUUAUCGAACAUAUGCAAGACUGGGGAUUACUCUCUUACACACCAAGCUUCUUCCACAAUCAACUUGAAGAUAUCGAACGGCACACACCUCUCUCUUUAGCUGUCCUCAACGGAAGCCUUACCAUUGUACAAUCCAUAUUAAGGAUCCAUGCUUCGUCAAGCAUUGCGACCACAGCCUUGAGCAAAAUCAUACACAUCGUAGCCACAUCUGGGUUCAAGGAAAUCACUCGUCUGCUAAUUGGCGCGCCACUUGCGAACCUCAACUAUCGGCAAUCUUGCGGCGAGACUUCUUUGUUUCUCGCUGCACAGUCGGGUAAUGAAGAAUGUGUGGAGCUUUUGAUCAAGGCUGCUCCUGGGAAGAAAUUGGAUCUGGAUAUCCCGGGAACGGCUUAUGCUUGGACGCCUUUGAUUGCAGCUUGUGUCAGGAAUCACUUUACGAUUGCCGAGAUGUUGGUGAAAGCUGGGGCUGACCAGACUCAUCGUGAUGUAUUUGGCUGGACUGCAAAAGAUCGUGAGUACCAUCCCUGAUAUCCUGUCGUUUUGUUUUUACUUUUGCCUGUUUAGUCCGCUCUGUUAUCAAAUUAAGCGAGGUUCCAUUUAGAUAGAUUUGCUGGAAACCAUCAUCACUAACCCGAUCACCAUCUAGAUAUCGACUUCCGAGGAUUCUGGCCCAUAGCUACACUCCUCACAAGCACUCCACUACGCUACCCACCCUGCAUCCCCAAAGCCCCACUGCCCAAAACAAACGCCCUCCCUCCCUGCGCAAGCCACGAGUACCGAAUCUUCCUCAACCUAGGAACAUUGAAUACCCGCGAUCCCAAAGAGAUCCUCGACAUGAACACCUAUCUCUCCCGCUAUCCCCACACUCCCUACCCGAGACGGGCUUUUCUAUAA